AUGGUGAAGAGAGAUUUAAAGCAUUCGCGUUCACGAGCCUCCCUGCCAUGGAUACUGUUCUUUGUAAUCCUGCACAGCUCGAACGCACAAUGUCCGUGGAAAGAAGAGCCAGAACUCAAUGCCGCGUGUGUCUGUGCACAUAAUCUAGCCAGAGAUUUAUCGGUCCAAUGUGAUCAGGUAGACUUCCAAUCGUUAUUAUCAGCGUUGAAUAUCGGUGCCAGAAAUGCGGCCAUUGACCUGCUAUACGUAAAUAAUUCAAGCAUUCCUGUACUCACGCCAAAUAUGUUCGCAAACCUUAAAAUUCAUAAUUUACAAAUCUCUGGUUGCGGAAUAAAGAAAAUAGAUGACGACGCUUUCAGGGGCCAAGGACCAUAUCUUAAGAAUUUAAACUUACAAGACAACGAACUAACAGAAGUUCCAGUUAAAGCUUUAAAAAUAUUGGUAAAUCUCUCACUUUUAGAUUUAUCUAAAAAUCGUAUUAGACACUUAAACAACCAAUCGUUUAUAACGCUCCGUAAGCUCACUACGCUUAAAGUUUCUGAUAACAAUGUCACGUUGGAACCAAACACACUUUUUGGAUUAGAAAAUUCACUAAAGAAUUUAAAUUUAAAAGGAACAAAACAAAAAACUGUGCCUGAAUGCAUAAGAGGCCUACGAAGUUUGGCAUUUCUUGAUUUAUCUCAAAAUAGUAUUAGGGAACUACCCGGACCUGGUAAUGGCCUUACUUUCGAAGGCCUGGAUUCCCUGACUGCUCUUAAUUUAGAAAGAAAUUUGAUUGUUAAUCUCAAAGAAGACGCUUUUAAUGGCAUAAAAACCACCUUAACUUCUUUAAGCCUUUUGAAUAACCUAUUGCCAGAGUUUCCGACUGCUGCAAUAGCGACUUUAAGCGACCUUCGAGUUUUAGAUAUAGGGUUUAAUUUGCUAAAUCAGUUACCUACAGAUGCCUUUAUAAAUAAUCCAUCCAUAACUUUACUAGCCUUAGAUGGUAAUCCGUUACCAACAGUACCCGAAGAGGCAUUUUUACACCUUAAUCAAACACUUCGAGGUCUUAGUUUAGGUGGUAGAUUUUUAAAUUGCGAUUGUCGCUUGCGGUGGAUCAUUGAAUGGAUUCGCAAUGGAGAACUGCAAGUAACAUCACGUGAACGAAAUCCUCAAUUUUGUGGUAAUCCAGCCCAUUUUCGAGAUCGAGGUUUCUACAGUUUUGAGCCUAAUGAAUUAGUUUGUGAACAUGAUGCGGAUGCAACGACAGAAAAAUUUACAACCAUAGUAAAUAAUAACAAGGACUGGAAGAUAAAAGAGGUUAUAACAACCACGGAUACAUCAACGUCUAUAUCAACGACAACAAAAAAACCAACAAUAACCACUACUACCCCCAGCACUACAACUGUAUUGAUCGAUACAGAAAUAGAUAAUACCAUUGAAAUAACCACAAGAGCAGUUUUAUCUCAGACGUCCACUGUUAACACAUCACGACCAACACGCCUUCCAUCUAUACGCCCAGCCGCACCAACUUGGCGUCACGCUCCACAUCAGCGUCCUCCACUUAUAAUGAGUUUUCCCCAACAAAAAGGCAAAGAAGAUGACUCAAAUGAAGUCAUCGUUAAGAAUGCGUACAGACAAGAUAACACUGUAAUCAUUCAAUGGGACUCUGAUGUCGCUAACAUACUCGGCUUCCGCGUCGUGUACCGUCUCUUUGGAGAUAAAACCUUCAAACAAGGACCACCUCUGGAAGCCAGCGAAAGAGAAUUUAAAAUAAGAAACGUUCCGUCUCAGGAAUGUAUCGUGGUCUGCGUUAUCUCCCUGGAGGAGGUCAACGUCAGUCCAGAGACAGUACCGUAUUCUCAAUGUCGGGAGGUACGUACUGUCUCCGCCGCUGCUUCUAAUAUGGACAAGAUCACGAUAGCUGCUAGCGCUGCUAUUUGCGGUACUAUUGUCGUAGCGGUACUUAUUUUUGCUGCGGCAUCACGACGCCGUUCUCGCACCGUGCAUCGGCUGCACAGUCAAGUCGCUGAGAAGAUGCCCAAUCCCUGCUGCGGGGGACUUACGGGGACGCCAAGUCCGAGCGGGCCUCUUUCUUCGUUGGCAACUAUCGGCGCUUUUGGAAAGCAGCGUGAGUGGGAUCAGGUGUCGGCUUAUAGCGCACGUUCGAUCCCGCGUGCACGUUCCUAUACUGAACCACUUCCUCCGGACCCACUACCAGGUCGUCCGGGUAGAGCGCGUUCACUCGCUGAUGGUCAAUCGCAACACAGUUAUUCUCAUUCUGGCCGCUAUGGAGCACCUGUAUACCCUGGUAGUCUUCUAGGAUCACGAGCUGACCUUCGACAAUCGCGGCAGUCUUUGGGUGCAGCAUCAGAACGAGCUUCACGACUGUCUCUAAGUGGAGCAGCAGGUGGAGUCACCGGCACAACAGGGUCUAGGCGUAGACCUCGCUCGAGGUCGCGUCCUGCCAGCCGAUAUAGUGUUGGCUCCUUGGGCAUGGGAUACUGCGAUACUUCCGACAAUUGGACUGAUCAUGAUAUGGAUAUUUACAUGGCACGAAACCCAACAACGCGGAGCGGACAGACGGUGGAGCCUCAACCUCUUGGUGCUAUCAUGAAGGUCGUAAAGGUCAGCGAAGGCACCGCUACUCCCGCCCAUACGGCCAUAAGAAACUCAAAACUCGUGCUCACCCGCAUUGUAACAAAUUCGGAGGUUCAAGCCAGUGUACACGACAUCCAUUAG